AUGUACUGGCAACCGUCUCUCUUUGGGGGUUCUGUCGACUUUUGUCGGCUGCCUGCUCUCGACGCCUCUGGAGGAAGGAAGAUACGAUCGAGGAUACACCGGGCAGAUUUAACUUCUUCGGACGCUCCUCUCCCAUCCAGCGAUGUCCGCGUCUCCUCUCUUCGCCAUUCGGGACAAGAUGGCUCAUCGUCUUCCUUCUCUUCCUCUCCCUCGGCUCCGCCCUCUCCGUCUCCUCCGCCUUCUUCAUCUUUCUCUGCUCCUGUCUCGUCUCCGUCUGCUUUUUCGUCUUCCUCUCAAAGUGAAAUGGUGCCUCCCCAGCUUCGUCGGUUGAUUAAGCAGCCGCGUGUGUUCCGCUUCGAUCCGGGACUGUACGAUCCGCCUCGUCUGGUGCUGGCUUCUCCGUCGACGCGCCGAUCCGAGUCUCGCGUUCCUCGCUCUGCGUCUUUCUCCUCCGCGCGGCAGGAUCUCCCGACCAGCUCUGCAGAUGGCGAAGGAGCCGGAGACGGGAAGCGCGAUGGAGAGAGCGACGACAGCGAGACAGCAACGAAAUGCUUUUUAGAGCAUGCAAAGCGAGAAGCACUGCUGGUUUCGCUGUCUGCGGCAGCUCACGCCUCGCGUCUCUUGUGUACGUACACCCGGGGAGUGUGCGAAAGACCCCAAGCAAUCGACGCGGGCGCGCGAGGUGACGAUGCAGAGACAGAGGAGAGGCGGUUGACUGGAACAAAAGGAGAAAGGAACGGAGAGAGAGGAACCGAUUCCUUUCACCGACAGACUCCAGUGUUGAGUGUGCAUGCAAAGGAGACAGGCAAGCAAUUGGGGAGAGACCCGAAGAGUUCCAAAACACACAAGAAGGAUGGAGGCGAGAAGAAAGGACUGCAGAGACAGGAGGAGUAUGCGAGACAACGCAAGGCGCUCGAGACGGCGAGACAGCUUGAAGAUGCCGUCUUUGUAGAGCGACUCAAAGCCGAAGAAGAAGAAGAAAGAAAAAAACAAGAAAUGGAAAGAGAGCGGAAACGACGAGAAGAAGAAAGGAUUCGGCGAGAACAGGCAGCGAAAGCAGAGGCAGAGCGACAGGCACGAGAAGCGGCUGAGAAGGCGAGGAAGGAAGAAGAGGCGAGAAGAAAAGAAGAGCAGAGGAAGAAGGAGGAGGAAGAGAAGAAGAAGAAGGAAGAAGAGAAGAGGAAGAAGGAGGAAGAAGAGAAGAAGAAGCAGGAAGAAGAAGAGCAGAGGAAGAAGCAGGAAGAAGAACGUCAGAGGAAAGAAGAGGAGAAGAAGAAAGAGGAGGCGGCGAGAGUCGCAGCUCUCGAAAAGGAGAAGCAGCAACCGGCUGCAACCGCGUCUUCGCCAUCUCCACCCAAGGCUCAGACAGAACAAGAAGGAACCGACCAGUUCGCGGCUUACCUGCCCAAUGCCUCAGACGAUUCUGGAAACGGCGCCUACAUGAAGGAAGUCGUUGUUCUUCUGCAGGAAGCAGGCAGAACGCGCGAGACAUCUCUCACACAUCUUCAAGGCAUGACUGAUGCUCAGGUGAAGGCUCUGCGAAUUGACAUCAAAAAAAAGAUCAAUACGGCUCUGAAUCAAUUAGCUAGCACGACGUCGCAAGUGAUCAGGACCUGCGAGACUCUCCGAGAAUUUCAGAGACAGCUGAAAGCCGGACAACAAGAAGCUUUGGAUUUCUUUCGCUGGCAGCUAUGCGAUCGACUUCUCCAGCUCACCGAGAAGGGUGGCCAGGUUAGCGCGAGACCUAGUUCCGCGUGGGCUUACGCUUUUCUAGUUCGCGGGUUGAUUCAAGAAGACCCUCCUCUUGAGCGAUGGCUACGAGCCCACGUGUACGCUACCUGCUGCUAUGCGGGUGCUUUCUACUACCGAAAGAAACCGGCCAUGUCUCUGGAGCAGUUCCGGAGUGCUCGCGGGCAACGAGAAGGCGAAGACGAAGAAGCGUUCUUCUUGCGCAUGGCGUCUUGCUUGCGCCUCUGGCUUGCUUUUCUGGUCGCUGCUCACAAGGAAGACGAAAUCUGGUCGUGGUUCGCUCGCUUUGUCAACCUGAAUUUAGCAAGUCCGAAAGCUGCUCGCCGGGUCUGUGCAUGCGUUCUGGUCGAGGGGCUUAAGGUGGCGGGACCGGCGGCGCUUCAGGCGUACAGACGACAGUUUCAGAAGGUCAUCGACGUGAUUCAAAAUCACCUGAAACCGCUUCUCGUCGCAAUGCAGCAAAAGAGUGAGGGGACAUGUUUGUCGAUGUAUGUCACUCAACUGGAGACGGUAUUGUCGAACUACUACGCGAGCAAUUGCACUCUACCGGAGCCUGAAGGUAAAGCCAUGAAGAUGGAGGCCACGGAAGCAAAUCCGGAUGUCUAA